CCCGGAGUGCGAGUCUCCCGGUUACAUCUCGGGGCCCUCCGAGCACAAGGCCAAAGAGCAGCGCCGGAGGCUCCGAGUGCGCCUGCGUAGCCUUUACCCUGCUUUGGACUCCUGCCUCGCGGCGCCGUAGAAGCGCGGAGCUCAUUGGUGGAGCCGCCAGGCGCGCCCGGCCGACGUGCGCCAGCCAGUCAGAAGCGCGGGAUUGGAGGAGGCGCUUCCCCCGCCCGGCGGGCUCUGAGGGAUAUAUUGUUUCCUCAUACCAAGAUGACGAGGAAACAUUAAACACAGGAAAGAUUUUAGUAAGAAAAAAUGAACCGUUUUGAGGUGGAUGGAAGUCCAUAACAAGUAAAUACAUAAAGAGAUUCAAUGCAUAUGAAAGGGUUGACUUGUUAAUUUAGAAUGAAAAGAAUGAAUGGUCUGACUUGAUCCUGAGGGCAAAUAUUGACUCUGGUUUGUAGUUAGGUGGACUUUGUGCUUGAGGUGGCAGACCAACAUCACUGAAAAUGGAAAAGGAAGCAUCUGCUGAAGCUCGGAAAACCACCCAAGAAUCUAUAGUUAAAGAAGAGUGUCUCAUUCUAAAGUCAUGAAGGAUUGCUGUGGCUCAAUGGCUUCCUUCCAUUCACUGGCCACACCUGCUCUGUCAGUAGAUAAAGCAUUAGUGUGAUGUCCUUGGGGUCCUACAAUAAAGCCCUGGCUUCUAAGGGUCACUGGACGAUUGCAGAAAGAAAAUGGGUGAAGCUUGAGCAGACAACUUACAUUGACCCUGAAGGUCAAACAAGAGUAUGGGAAUCUGUGAAGCGUACUACCAGAAAAGAGGGGGUUUCUGCUGAUGGUGUUGCUGUUAUUCCAGUGUUGCAAAGAACUCUUCACUAUGACUGUGUUGUCCUAGUGAAGCAAUUUAGGCCUCCCAUGGGAAACUACUGCUUGGAAUUCCCUGCAGGUCUAAUUGAUAGCAAUGAAACCCCAGAAAGUGCUGCUUUACGUGAGCUGGAGGAAGAAACAGGAUACAGAGGGGAGAUCCUUGAAUGCUCUCCAGCUUUGUGCUUGGAUCCUGGAUUGACUAACUGUGCAUCACACAUUGCAACAGUCACCAUUAAUGGAGAUAUUCCUGCCAAUCUGAAGCCCAAACAAAAACCAGAGGAAGGAGAAUUUGUAGAAGUUGUUACACUACCAAAGAAUGAUUUAUUGCAGAGAAUUGAGGAGCUGGUGUCAGAGGAGCACAUGAUAGUCGAUGCAAAAGUAUAUGCUUAUGCCUUGGCACUGAGGCACGCAACAGAUCAGCCAUUCCAAGUGCCAUUUAUGAAAUUCUAAGACUGCUUAGUUGUUUGGAAGGAUGUUCCUGUAUGGAGCUAAGGCAGCAUUUCUUUCCUGUGACAGUCAACAAGCUGAAUGAAACAGUAAGCUUUUUCUAAAAAAAAGAGAGUAAAGUUUAUAGCAGUCUAACUGGCCUGUUUGUUGAAAAGAAAGAAACAAUUUCACUUAAUUCAUUUUCUGUAUCCAAUUAACUGGAGAUUUCCUGAGAAAAAUAAAUCUCUUACUGCCUUCUGA